GAAGCCAAUUUGAUCGGAGUCCAGUUUGAGUUCGACAUUGGCUCCAGCAACGAUGGGCGAAGUCAGGCCAAAAAUCUGGUUUGCGUGGACCCCGGCUCCGGCAACUUCGGCGCCGCAGGCCCGGGCAAGGGCCACGGCAAGGGUCUGGAGCCCGGUGACCUCAUUUGUGCUAUCCGAUCUGUGCGGAAGCUAUUGGCAGCCAUGAUGGAUCCAGACCAUGGGAUGGUGAAGGCCGUCUUCUUGGUCGGCCGUGGCGGAGGAGGGCACAUGGCAGCUGCGAAAGCGCUGCAGCGGUGUGUCCUCGACAAUGCAGAGUCCGUUAUUGAGUGUGUCGAGAUUGCUGACGGUGGAGGUCUGGCCGAGCUGGCGAUCUCCGGGGAUCUCCUGCCUAGCGGUGAUGACAUCUACAACUACCUCAUGCGAAUAGGCUUCUACAAUAUGGCGGGAAUGUUGGGCAACAUUGCAGCCUUCGGCAUUCGAAUGAAUCAGGCAGCAAUCGAAGAGGUCUUCGAGGAGUACUGGCACGUGAAGAAGCCAGCAUUGGUGGUGUCUUUUGUCCCGUUCCUCAACGUCGCGAUGCGGGCCUCCCUGUUGAAAGUCUUUCCUCACGGCCGCUUUGUGACGGUGAUCACUGAUGUGGCGAACUGUCGAGAGCAUCCUUGGAUAGACCGGUACGACGCCACUGCUUUGAAUCAUAGCCUUGUGGUUGGGAACGAGACUCUCGAAGCCCAGGCGCUGGAGAUGGGUUGGCCAUCCUCGGCACUGCUGAGAACCUCAGGCAUGGUCAUCCACCCACAAUUCUACGACGCGAAGGCCAAGAACCAUGGUGCGACUUCCCAGGCUCAUCGGCAUUCUGAAUUGCAUUUCUGUGCACGCGGUUUCCUGGCAGACGGUUGUGAUUUUCUUCGGCGGAACCGCCCCCACGCGGGUCGGGCAAAUCGCCAGAAAGCUGAAAUGUCCAUCGUUGUUCUUUGCCACCUGGCGAAGUGUGGCAAGAACGAAGAGCUGCGUACCCAGCUACAG